AUGAAGAAGAGCAAGAAGCGAUGGAACGUCAGAUUCCUGCUGCUCGGAGUGGGAUGCUUGUUAUUGAUAGCCGCCUUCAUUCUCUCUUUCUUCAACGGGGAGGCGUCGGCGCCUGCCAUGGUCCCGCUAACUCACAAGAGCUCGCUGAGAGAGGACAAGAAUGGCGCCGUGAAUGAGACGGCGGAACCCCCGGCGGCCCAUGCUAGAGACGAAGCUCAGGUCUGGCCGAUUCUUCUCAUGGUGUGCGGGAUGACAUGCUUGAAGGCACAGAAGCCAGGACCAGGCUCUGCCCCGACAGAUGGCAGCAAGAAGGAGGAGGCACCCACCACAAGCAGUGAGAAGUUUGAGGCCUCUCCUCAGUCGCUGCAGAAACACAAGGCACCGCGAUGGUUUCAGAAUGCUAAGCUCGGCAUCUUCAUCCACUGGGGUGUCUACAGCGUUCCAGCGUACGCGCCGCUCUCCCGCAUCACGCUAGGAGGAGACAACUCGAAGAAACCUGCGGAUCCUUGCAAGGGAGGCUGGUUCAAGUGCAACCCUUACGCUGAGUGGUACGGCAACACGAUGCACAUCCGAGGGUCUCCGACGGCGAGACACCACGAGGAGACUUACGGGCGCAACUUCACCUACGGGCAGUUCAUGGAACAGUUCGAGAAGGACUCAGCAAGCUGGACGGGAUCAGAGUGGGCAGACCUCUUCAGCAAGGUCGGUGCGAGGUAUGCCGUCUUGACUACCAAGCACCAUGAGGGGUUUUGCCUGUGGCCUACCAAAGUACAGACGAAGACGGUGAAGGAGCUGGGGUUUGGAGGGAAGGAAGGAACGAGGAGCUACUCGGAAAGGGACCUGGUGGGCUACUUCGCCAGCUCCAUGCGAUCCAAAGGGAUAAAAGUAGGACUGUACUACUCGGGUGGACUGGACUGGCACUUCAAGGGCCCCUUCUCGUCGAACCCUCUCCCACAUGAGGGCGCGCCAUGGUUCGGGAGCAAGACUGGCAUACCGGACGGAAAGGAGUACGCGGAGUAUGCGGAUGCCCAUUGGAAAGAGCUGAUAGAUAAGUAUCACCCGGACAUCCUGUGGAAUGACAUCGGUUGGAUGGAGUUUGCCGCAGAUUUCUACAACAGGUUUCCCGACGGAGUGAUCAACGACAGGUUCAAGGUGAAGGAAGGGAAGGAUGGGGUUGCGCACUCAGACUUCGUGUCCCCCGAGUACGAGAGCAUGAAGACGAUCCACUCGAGGAAGUGGGAAACCUGCCGAGGCAUCGGCUACUCCUUCGGCUUCAACCGCAUGGAGGGGGAGGAAGACUACAUGAAGCCGCGCGAGCUCGUGACCACCUUCGUCGACAUCGUCAGCAAGAACGGCAACCUCCUCCUCGACGUCGGGCCCACCAGUUCCGGAGCUAUCCCCCAGCUGCAGCAGCAGCGCCUCCUUGACUUCGGAGCUUGGCUCAAGGUGAACGGAGGAGCAAUCUUCGACACUGAGCCCAUGUGGAACUCGAUCUGCUGCGGGAAGACGGGGAGGAAGGAGGAGGUCAGGUACACCCGCAAACUUCAGCCCGGCCAGAGGACGGAGGUCAACGCUAUCGUUCUGGGGGAGGCAGCACAAUACCAGCUGAAGAAUCGCUCCUCCUUCUUCCUGCUCUGCCCCGCUCCCUUCAACGGGCUCGAGGUGAACAGCUCGACUGGUGGAGGAGGGGCCGACCAGUCGUUUCCCUCCCCGGAAGUCUGCGCAAAGUGCCGCAGCUGCUGGGGUUGCCAUGGCAGCGGGCAGCUGCUGACGAAGAGUGGAGGAAGAGAGCUGCGAUGGAAGCGAUGGACGUUGAAGGCGGCGGAGGAGGAGCUUGUCGGCGACUCUGCGCUCAAUCCUGGUGAGUGA